UAUGUAUUCAGAUUCAACUUCUCAAAAACCCUAUAAAUAAUCCAUCACACUUAACACAAUAUCUCAAACCAAACACACAAUUAAGCUCAAAAGAAAAAUCGGAAGAUGUCUCAAAUACUCGUGUUCCUGGUCACCCUUAGCUUUCUCUCUUUAUCGUCAUCCCAAUCUUUCGCCACCGGAAAUGCCACGUGGCCGUCAAAUGUAUGUCGCUUCGCCCCGGAUCCAUCUUACUGUCGAUCGGUUCUACCAAACCAGCCCGGAGAUAUUUACUCCUACGGCCGUUUCUCUCUCAGACGUUCCCUCUCACGUGCCACCCGGUUCAUGUCGCUGAUUGACAAUGAAUUAAACCGGAAAGGCAAAGUGGCUGCUAAAUCCACCGUGCGGGCACUCGAAGACUGCAAAUUCCUAGCCAGCUUGACUAACGACUUCCUCCUUAGUAGCUCACGGACCGUCGAUGCCACCAAAACACUGUCGGUUUCGAGGGCCGAUGAUGUUCAUACGUUUCUAAGUGCUGCGAUCACCAACGAACAGACUUGUCUUGAAGGACUUAAAUCCACGGUGUCGGAAAAUGGUCUCUCCGGUGAUCUUUUCAACGAUACAAAACUCUAUGGGGUCUCUCUUGCCCUAUUUUCCAAAGGCUGGGUGCCAAGAAGGAAUAGAUCGAGACCGAUUUGGCAACCACAAGCCAGAUUCAAAAAGUUUUUCGGUUUCCGCAACCGUAGAUUACCGUUAAACAUGACGAAAAGGGCACGUGCGGUUUACAACACCGUGACUGGGUCUGGUAGAAAACUACUGCAAGCUGAAGCAGACGCCGUUCAGGUGAGCGACAUUGUGACGGUGAACCAGGACGGGACGGGAAACUUCACGACCAUAAACGCAGCCGUUGCAGCCGCGCCUAACAAAACUGACGGUAGUAACGGUUAUUUCUUGAUCUACGUAACGGCGGGAUUGUACGAGGAAUACGUGGAGGUUCCCAAGAACAAGAGGUACGUGAUGAUGAUCGGUGAUGGCAUUAACCAAACGGUUAUCACCGGAAACCGGAGCGUCGUUGACGGAUGGACCACUUUCAAUUCCGCCACAUUUAUUCUAUCAGGUACUAAUUUUAUUGGCGUGAACAUAACAAUCCGCAACACGGCAGGACCGACCAAAGGUCAAGCCGUCGCAUUGAGGAGCGGUGGAGACUUCUCAGUUUUCUACAGUUGCAGCUUUGAAGCCUAUCAAGAUACCUUAUACACGCAUUCUCUCCGACAGUUUUAUCGUGAAUGCGAUGUUUACGGCACUGUUGAUUUUAUAUUCGGUAAUGCUGCGGUGGUGUUACAGAACUGUAAUCUCUAUCCACGUCAGCCUCGCAAAGGUCAGUCGAACGAAGUUACGGCUCAGGGUCGUACCGAUCCGAACCAGAACACUGGUACGGCGAUCCAUGGGUGUACCAUAAGACCGGCGGAUGAUUUGGCUACGAGCAACUAUACAGUAAAAACGUAUCUUGGUCGGCCGUGGAAGGAAUAUUCGAGAACCGUUGUUAUGCAGACUUACAUUGAUGCUUUUCUUGAACCGACUGGCUGGAACGCAUGGAGCGGCGAUUUCGCACUGAGCACGCUUUAUUAUGCGGAAUUCAAUAAUACCGGACCCGGUUCAAACACGACAAACCGAGUCACUUGGCCCGGUUAUCACGUCAUUAACGCUAGUGAUGCUUCCAAUUUCACGGUCACAAAUUUUCUUGUUGGUGAGGGUUGGAUCGGACAAACCGGAGUGCCUUUCGUAGGUGGACUGAUUGCAUAACUUAACUUUAUACUUAUAUAUAUAUAUAUAUAUAUAUCAUUCAUGUGUUCUUUUUUUCUAAAUUAAAUAAUUGUGUAUCCAAGUCAAUUUAGUGAUGCCUGGUUCCAUUCCCACGGUGGCUAGGAUUUGUCAUAAGUAAUUACUAAUACUUGUUUAUCUACAAUAUUAUUGACAACCGAGUCAUUAUUUUCGGAAUUUAAACGUGUUACAAGAGACUGGCUACACUAAUAAUCCACCCAAUAACAAAUGAAGUUUUAGAAGCUCUUUGUGGUCCAGGACAACGCCACGUGGGCUGACAUUAGUGCCGCGUGUCGAAGUUUCAUGCGGUUUUGGAAAAAUUGCAAACCCGUUUUAGUUUCUUUUACCCACCCGCUUAAAUAUAUCAGAUGCUCCAUAGCCUUUUCAAAGAUAAAACCGGAUUACCCGGAAAUUUAGAUCCGUUAUGGCUGGGUAGAACCGGAUUGGAGCCUUCAAAUUCACUGGGAAUCUCCACUGAGACAUCGAGUAGAUGGAUCGGUUCUCUCUCACAGGCCUCCAUCGGAAAUCUCAACGGAGAAGAAGACGCGGAGGAAGAGGAGCUUGCGGUUUCUAUGUCCUCUACCGGUUUAACCGGAGCUGCCGGUUCGGGGGUUUGGGGUUGAACCGGAGCUCUGCAAAGCGGGCAAGUGGACCUGGAGCGGAACCAAGUAUCUAUGCAAUCGACGUGAAAAGCGUGGCCACAUUUCGGGAGAAGACGGCCUUCCUCCUCCUCCUCGAACUCCGACAAGCAGACGGAGCAAUCCUCUAGUGGCGAUUCAUGGUGAGUCUUGGAGGAGUAAACGAAGACCGGGAUCUUCUCGAGAACCGCGGGAUCGAGAGGGGAAAGGGAGGAGGAGAUGGUGGAGGCGGAGAGAGACCGGAGAUGAGCACGAAUCCGGCGGCGAACGCGACGGUUCUGACGGCGGAAUAACCAUCUGGCGUAGGUGUGGAAACAGAGGAUCAUAAUCACGGCCAUGAAGAGGAUGAUCACAGAGGAGAGCAUGAUUUUGCUGUUGAGAGCAUAGCCUGGAGGCGCGUGGAUCACGCUCCCCCACAUUGGCUUGCUGCUUUCUUCCCCGAUUCCCAUGGUUUCUAGCUAAAGGAGGUUUACUACAACACUUACUUACAGAGAGAUGAGAGAGGGACGAAAGAGUGUGGGAACUUGAUGUGUCUCAGAUUUAGAUCCUCUUUAUUUAUAGCCUAUUUUAAAUCAUUGGGUCCCCAUAUAGUAUUUUGUAAUGAAUUUUCAUUUUAUCUAAUUUUUAUACUAGUAUUAAAAAAAU